GAAUUCACUUUAUAUUUCCUCGAAAUCGUUCCAUAAUUUUUCUUUUCUUUUUUUUUGCAUAAUUAUAAAAAGUUAUGUUCGCUAGGUUUUCGGGUCAAGUUGCAAAGAGACCUUUGAAACAAUGGGUUAAUGCUUUUGCGCAGGCUCGAGGUUUUCAAAGUACUUCCAGUGCUCGUCAGUCGAAUUCAAAAACUGUUGCUGCUACAGCAGCUGUAGCAGUAGCAACAGCAACAGGCAUUGGUUAUUAUUUAUAUGUCAAUCCUAUUCAUGCCGGUAUGGAAGAUGAAGGACUUCAUUCACCAUCAUAUCCUUGGCCUCAUUUUGGUCCAUUUAAUACCUUUGAUCAUGCCAGCAUUCGACGUGGUUAUCAAGUUUAUAGAGAAGUUUGCUCUACGUGCCAUUCACUCGAAUAUAUCUCAUGGCGUAAUUUAGUGGGCGUAUCACAUACAGAAGAUGAAGUGAGAGCAAUGGCCGAGGAAUUUGAAUACAAAGAUGGUCCAGAUGAUAAUGGAGAUUAUUUUGAAAGACCAGGAAAAUUAUCUGAUCGAUUUCCACGACCUUAUCCUAAUGAAGAAGCUUCCCGUGCUGCUAAUGGUGGUGCUCUUCCACCAGAUCUUUCAUUAGUAGUUAAAGCCCGUGAAGGUGGUGCCAAUUAUAUUUUUUCUCUCUUAACUGGAUACUAUGAUCCACCGGCUGGUGUCGAAAUUCGUGAAGGCUUAAAUUAUAACCCUUAUUUUCCUGGUGGUGCAAUUUCUAUGGCAAGACUUUUAUUUGAUGGUUUGGUUGAAUAUGAUGAUGGUACUCCUGCAACUACAUCUCAAAUGGCAAAAGAUGUUACAACAUUCCUUUCUUGGGCCGCAGAACCUGAACAUGAUGAUCGUAAAAAAAUGGGUAUAAAGGCUAUAAUUAUGUUAUCCGCUAUGACUAUUUUGUCAAUUUGGCUUAAGCGAAACAGAUGGGUUUCUCUUAAAUCGAGAAAGAUCGCGUAUGCACCACCUAGAUAUUGAAGAAAAAAAAAAAGAUUAUAAAUUAUUUGAUUAUGGAAUAUUUAUAUUCAAAAACAUUUAGAUUCCAAAUAAAAAUUUUGAUGGAUUCUGUGUUAAUCUAUUUAAACAAAACAUUUUGCAUCGAUUUUUAUUCUUUUAUGAUGUUAUUUAUAAAGCGUCUUAUAAAAAUC